AAAACUAUUAGAAAACAAUGGAACAAUUGAAUUUCGAGAAUCCAUGGCGACACCGUGCCGGAUCUGAUGAUGAUAAUGAGGAGGGACCUAAGGAUGAUAUCGCGGUUCAAUUUGGGUUUGAUGAUCGAAGUAUUCGAGCUGCAUUUGUUGCAAAGGUUUUUGCAUUAGUCACUGUUAUGUUUGCGAUCACUGCUGCAUUCUCAGCAGUGCCAAUCUAUAACAAAGAUUUCAAAAAAUGGUGCAAUCAGGAGGAUCACUGGUGGUGUGUCUACGUGGCAAUGGGUGUAUUUUUCAUCUUCUACAUUACUUUGAUGUGUUGUGGAAGAGCCCGUCGAUGCUUCCCAUGCAAUUUGUUUAUUCUUACCUGUUUUACAUUCUCAGCCGCAACUAUGACAAUGUUUAUUACUGCUACAUAUUCUGCAGACGCAGUCUUGAUUUCACUUCUGAUAACCACCGGAUGCAGUGCUUCAAUCAUUUUGUUCGCAGCUACAACGAAAAAAGACUUGACUUCAUGUCUCGGUGUUGCUUUCAUUCUCGGAAUAUGCCUCAUGCUUUUUGGAUUAAUGGCUUGUAUCUUCUGCAUCUUCCUCAAUUGGCAAUUCCUGUACAUUGUAUAUGCAGUAUUAGGUGCACUUCUUUGCAUGUUUUAUUUGGCUAUCGACAUUCAGCUUAUCAUGGGUGGUCGUCGUGUCGAAAUUUCUCCAGAAGAGUACAUUUUCGCAGCAACUCAUGUCUUUGUCGAUAUUCUUGGAAUGUUCUUGAAUAUUUUGGGAGUUGUUGGAAAUGCCUGAAACAAUAAAUGUCCAUCUUGUGGGAAUAUUUAAUAAAAAUUGCAUGUAUUAA